AUGGCCGCCGAGGGUAGCAUUCCUUCGAUUCCUUUGUCUACAAUGAUCCAUAUGGGUUUUCUUCUGCAUCUGGAUGGCUCAUCCCCAUGCCCAUCGCGCGAGAUCACUACACCGGCAGGUACAAAAAGUACGAAUCCCGACUUCACCACUUGGUAUUCCCGGGAUCAACUAAUCCGGCUAUUUCUUGUUUCCACUCUUACGGAGGAGUCCAUGGCCGUUGUUAUUAGUUGCACUUCAUCCCGUGAUGUCUGGACCUCUCUGACUCGCGCCUAUAGUCAUGCCUCGAAGGCUCGAGAACGCAGCAUGAAGGACGAUCUUCUCUCGGUCAAGCGUGGGGAUCUCUCGGUUUCUGAAUAUGGACAGCGUUUCAAGGCAAUUUGUGACAAACUUGCUGCCAUUGGUCGGUCUAUUGAUUCAACUGACAAAUCUCACUGGUUCCUGAGAAGUUUGAGGCCUGCUUUUUCGACGUUCACGGCCGCGCAACUUGCUCAGGAGCCUCUUCCUGAUUUCGACACACUUCUUGCCCGCGCCGAAAGUCACCAAUUCUUCCAACGUUCAUCUGACAUCUCGCCAUCGUCGUCUUCGGUUGCAUUUUAUGCUGCUCCUAAGGCCCGUCCUCCGACGUCGUCUCAGCCACAAGGACGCUUCAAGAAAAAUAAAGGCAAAGGUCCUCGUCCGCCGUGGUGCUAUUUCUGCCGUGAAGAGAACCAUGAUGCGUGGGACUGUCCUAGACAUUUUGACCGCUCUUUCACUCGGCCUUCCCGAUCCUCUACUACAGCUAAUCUGGCCGAAGCACUAUCAUCAAGCUGCUCUAUAUCGCAACUUAAUGUUUCUGAUUGGUACUUAGACACUGGGGCUUCUGCCCAUAUCACCUCGGAUGCAUCUCAGCUUGAUGAUCUUACUGAUUACAACGGAUCUGAUCGUGUAACAGUGGACACCGGUCCACUUUUCCCAUCACCUGCUCCGCCACAGGCUCAUUCCGCUUGCCGCAUAUGUGCGUCGAGUGACUUGGUCCAGCCAUCCGUUGUUCCACCACUUACUCCUCCUGUUCCUAACCCCACUGAUGAUCUUCCUCACAAACAGCCUGUUGAUGCGCAACUCGGUCUCCAGCCGGAUACCACGCCACGGGCUCCUCCUGCUGCGCCACGUGCUCCUCCUGCUGCCACGCAUCCGAUGCAAACUCGAGCAAAGUCAGGUAUCUUUAAACCUCGAUAUCCUGCCACCAUUAACUGUGCAUCUCUUCUCACUGCUCUUACGGCUAUUUCGGAGCCCCGUGGCAUCACGGCUGCUCUUAAAUCUCCACAAUGGGUGCGUGCUAUGCUUAAGGAAUUAUCUGCUUUAAAGGCGAAUAAUACUUGGUCUCUCGUGCCGCGCCCUUCCUCCACCAACGUAGUCGGUUCGAGGUGGGUGUUUCGCACAAACUUCUUGCUGAUGGUUCUGUUGAUCGGUAUAAAGCUCGCUUGGUUGCUCAAGGGUUUAGCCAAAUUCCUGGACUCGAAGCCCGUGGCUACCCCGCUUGCACCUGGCUCUUCCAUGACCAAACAUGGUGAUCCUUUAGACAAGCCGCCACUUUAUCCUUCUCUUGUUGGUGCGCUGCAAUAUUUAACAAUCACGCGCCCAGAUAUUGCUUAUUCGGUAAACACUGUCAGUCAAUUCCAGCAACAUCCAACCAUUGAUCAUUUCUAA